GCGCUUUUGGAAGACACUCCGGAGGCGCCGCCAGAGGCCACGUACGACCUCCGGGUGAAGGAGGACUUGGCUAAGUUCUUGCAGGACGCCAACAUCGGCCUCGUGCGCGCGGAGUACCUCUACAAGCUGCGACACUCCAGGACGCCCCUGCCGAGACGGCAAGAAGCGGAGCAUGCAGUCUGCGAAGUCAGAGGCGAGGAGGCCUCUGCCUUAGUAACCCACGUUGAGCUCAGUGAGUGGGCGGCGGGGCGCGUAGACGCCCUGAUUUGCUCCGUGUCGCACGCCUGGGAGACUAGGGAACACCCAGAUCCAUGCAGAUUCCAACUGCGGCAGCUGGUGAAUUGUGUUUCUCUGUAUGAUGCUGCCUACCAUGAUGACAUCUGGGUCUUCUAUGACUACGCUUCCUUGUUUCAGUUCGAGCGCCAGCGCGAAGAAGAGGAGCGAAGCUUCCGGCUGGCGAUGCAGAACAUGCAGGUGCUCUAUGCGCACCAGUACAGCUUCACUUUUCGCAUCGAGAGCCUCACGCCGGACGCCGUCUGGCAAGCAGCGCUUCAGGACUCUUCGUUCAAGGUGCCGGUGUUUCAUCAAGCAAGUGGAGCAGUCCAACAGCUCCCGCUCAAGGCAUUGGUGGAAAACCGCGUUCCUUAUGGAGAUCGCGGUUGGUGCAGGGGUGAAGUGCAGUGGUCCUGCGCCAGGAACAGGACUGCACAGCACCAGAGGAUCGACGCAGGUGACCAGUUAGGAAGAGAUGAACCUUGGUCUUGGAGUGGCUGCUGCAUGCCCAUCACCUUGCGUAACAAAAAGAAAUCCAGGUUUCGACACUUGGCAUUGGAACUGAAGGGCAAAGUCCCGAUGUCUCCCGCUGCCUUCGAGGAGCUGAUGGCAGAUGCCCGGUUUACCCACAGGUCCGAUAAGGAAGCGGUCUGCCAGCUCCAAGCGAAGAUUUUCCACGACAAGGUUUCAGCUUGUGAGGAGGCGGUGCUUGAGAACCUUCCUGCUGAGGAGGUCCGGCAUUUGGCCGAGUCGUUGAAGUUUUACAAGCGGCUGAGAGCCUUGAGACUGAUCAACAUCUUCAUCGACAAAGAGCAGGCGAAGGCCCUGGGCGAGGCCGCGGUCUGCUGCGUCGAGCUUCAGGUCAAAGCCAAAGUCUUCGGUAGCCGGGCAGAGCAGUACUCCUAA